UUCUUAGACGAAACUUAAAUGUACUUUAGCUUAAAUCAAAAAUAUUCCACUUUGAAACGUUCCACUUAGACAAGUUUCAAAUUAUCCCACACAAGGCAUCGAUGUGACCUCCCGAACAUGGCCGCGCUCUCCGUCCUCCUCCCAAGAUGGCGACGGGAGGGCGGGGCUGUCCCUCACAAGAUGGCGACGGGUGGGAGCGGUGUCCCUCCCAAGAUGACGGCAGGCCAGGUCGUCCCUCCCAAAAUGGCGGCGGGUGCAAGCGGUGUCCCUCCCAAGAUGGCAGUAGCGCUGCGCGACGCAAUGGCGGCGGAGGGGCCGCAGGGGCCGCUCAGCCUGUGUUCUCUGAGCGCGGCGGCCGUGAGCCGCCACAUGGACGCCCUGGAGCGGGACGCGUGGGGUAAGGGGCGGUGGGCCGGGCGCGGGGCCGGGCUGUGCCCGCAGCCUCCGCCACAACCUCUCUCUCUCUCUCUCUGUGCCCUCGCAGCGCUGCCCGCGCCCCUCCUGCGGGGGCUUCUGCCGCUGCUCAACGUGUUCCGCCUGCAGCGCGCCGAGACCGCGGCGCGGAGGGCGGGCAUCUCAACACAACCCAUCUGGCGCAAGCUGUGGGACGAUGUGAUGAAAACCAGGCCACCCAACUCAGAGAGUAUAACCUGUUGGAGGAAGAAGUUCCUUGAAACGUUCUUCUCAAACGUCCUUCACGGUGUCUUGGAUGUUUCUUCUGACUGGCGUCUCAACGACCAUCACUUUUUGCCGCUGCUCCACAGCUCCCCACAUGUUUCCCAGCUUACCCUCUGCAACAUGCUGCAGGGCGCGGUGGAGCUUACGGCUGAGCACAACCAGAAAGUGCUUGAGAACCUGGCUAAGUCCCUGCACGUCCUGAAGUUCCGGCACCUCCUCUCCUCCGACCAGUCCACUAGGCGUUCGUUGGUGUUACUUCUUCACCGGCUAAUUCACCAUGGCUCUGUCAACCAAGUGUCCAUGUAUUCCUGGCCUGUUCCUGACACAGUUCUUCUCGUCCUCAUUUUGAGCAUGAGUGCUGGGUUCUGGCGCUCGGGAAAUGCCCUCAUGUAUCACAGCAGCCCAUGUGGCCUUUGCAGAGAAGAGGACAAAGCUCAAAGCCAGGAGUCAACACAAGAGCAAUCAGAGAGGGGCUGCUGCGACAAGAGAGCGUGGAGCGAUGGUGAGAACCAGGAGAGAUCCCCCAGAGCCCCAGAGGAGGCUGAUGUGGAGAUGAAUGGAUACGGGGCUGAUGCUCACCUGAACUCUGUCCUCUCCAGACCAGGAAGUCCUCUGCAAAACCAUGCGUAUGAUGAGGCAAGCAGCAAGGUUCCCUGUGACCACACCAGCAUUCAGGGAAGAUCUUCUGGUUGCAUCUCAGACCAGCCGUCCUGUUGCCCCGUUCUUCAAAAGACACGCAGACGGCUGAAAUCUGCAGUAGGAAAGAAACGUCGCUGCCUCAGACGAAGCAGGGGACGAUAUGCUGACCCAGAGGACCUGUAUGAUUUUGUUUUUACUGUUGCUAGAGAGGAUAAGUCAGGGUUACUCGAUAAAACCAGUGCUACAGAGGGAGAAAACACUGAGAACUGGACUAGUUCCUCCCCAGGAUCUCUGCACACUGACCAUGCCGGCUGUAAGAAAAUAGGAGGAUCGGCUGGCAUCUUUUCCCUGAAAGCUGCUCACCGCUUCCGAAGCGUGUCCAUGCUGGAACUGUUUUCUAUUCCUUUGACUGGGGAGAUGUGUCGGACUCUGAGUAACCUGCUGAGUUCCUGGCUGUCGUUAGAAAACCUGGUACUGUCUUACAACGGCCUGGGUGCUAACAUCUUCUGCAUCCUCUCUGGGCUCCGCACCCUCUCCCGGCACCCGGACUGCCACCUCCGCGUCGUGCGUGUGAGUGACGUCUAUUCCCACGUGCCCUGCAUGGAGCUUGUUCACUGCAUCCUGAGUGCCCUUCCCCAGCUCCAAACGCUCUCACUCAGUUUUGACCUCAAAAAACAGCUGGAGGGGAACAGGCCAGAGGGGAAUCCAAGCUGCAGUGAGGCAGAAAUCCCAGAAAGCUGCCUGGAGCAGCUGGAAAUCCGAUUCCCCAGGGAACCUCUGCAGACCAUGUUCCUGCUGCCAGUGCUCAAGGCGUCAAAGUCCCUCCAGCAGUUGUCCCUUGACAGCGCCACGUUGCCCUGUUCUCAGGAGCUUGGGCUCCUUUUGGAGGCACUCAAAGAGUGUAACCCAAAUUUGAAGAAAGUGAGCUUUCGCGAUAUGAACCUGGCUGAGCACCAGAAAGAAGUUCUGCUUUUGCUCCAGGAUCCCGUCCUGCAAGAAAUCACAUUUUCCUUCUGCCGACUGUUUGAAAGCUCUACUGCUGAGUUUUUGUCGGAAAUAAUCAAUACAGUGAAAAGAAACUCAUCUUUGAAGAGCCUCAAACUGCCUGGGAAUCGCCUUGGGAAUCACAGGCUGGUUGCCCUCGCAGACAUUUUCUCUGAAGAUUCCUCCUCUUCUCUUUGCCAGCUGGAUGUCAGCUCAAAUUGCAUCAAACCUGAUGGGCUCCUGGAGUUCACAAAGAAACUGGAAGGCCACAUCCAGCAGAGAGGGGGACAGAUUCCAUUCACGCACCUCUGCCUCUUCCAAAACUGGCUGGACCAGGAUGCUGAAACAGCUCAAGAAGCACUUAGGCGUCUAAAAGCUGUGUGCAGUGUGGUCAAUGACUCAUGGGACUCCUCACAGGCCUUUGCUGACUACCUCAGUGUCAUGUGA